AGGACAGACAGUGUAUUUCACUCUCUCUCUCAGACACACACACAAACACACAGAGAGAUGAUCAUCUACCGUUGCUGUGGCUGUCUUCCUAAACCACCUCUGCUGUAACCUGUUGAUUAUAGAAGGCCUGUGUGCUACAAGUCACCAUGGGGCCCCAUGACUGCUGGUCCUGGACCAGCCUACCUCUCACUAUCCUGGUUGUGCUUCUCUUCACAUGGGAUGCCCAUGGUCAAGAUUCUGCUUGUUACUCAGAGAUUAGAGUGGCACGGAACACCGUACGGAAGUCUUCACCUGGGAAACAACUGAAGAUUAACUGUCCUGUUACUUUCUGUUCCAACUCACCACCAUCAUGGUGUAAGUUUGAUGAAUCAAACAAAUGCAAUACUGUAAAUACAACAGCUCUCAUUCAAACACAGUGGACCAAUUUGACAAACAAUACAGGGAUCUCACUUCUGGUCUUCACCAGGAUAUCCAUAGAUGAUACAGGUCUAUACAGGUGUGAAUUUAAUGCAGCCUCUCUGAGUCAUUCUAUCAAUGUUACUGUCUCAGAGAGUGUUGAGGACACCACAGUUGUGUAUCAGAAGAACGAAACAAGCAACAGUACCUAUAGUAGCCUGGAGUGGCUGUGGCCUUAUGUUUACUCCUCGGCUGGGAUUGUGGUGUUUGUCACCGUGGUGAUAACCGUAUCCACGCUCUCAAUGCGUGGUUGUAAAGGUGCCUGUCCGGCCAGGCAGUCAAGGAAAGAGGAACAAACAGAGAACCAGUACAUGGCUAUACCAAUGACCCAGCUAGCAUCCCCACGACCCAACCCCCAACCCCACCACAGAGGAAGCAUCCGAUCCCACCAAGCCCAGGACCGGCCCCAAGCCCAGGACCGGCCCCAAGCCAAGCCCCGGCCCCAAGCCCAGGCACAAGCCCAGCCCACCCCACUGCCGGACUGUAUCUAUGACAACGCACCUACCAGGGGCCCACGUCGCACUCAUCCGGCACCAGUCCAAGCUGCAACCAAUCAGGUAACUGUCCCGGUGGACAGGGACGAUACCUAUAGCAACGGGAAGGAGAAAGAGGAAGACAGCGAUAUCAUGUACGCAGCGCUCAACCAUCAGGUAAAGCCUCGAGCCGCGCCGUGCCCUGCACAGCCUCAGGAGGAGUGCUCAGAGUACGCAGCCAUACGAGUGUCCUGAGCCCUGGAACCAGGAAGAAAACUCCUCUUCCCAGAGGGUCACAGUCCUACUGGUUUUUGUUUCUCCCUGAUUACGAGAAGGGGGUCGCUGCAUCCCAAUAUGGCGACUGGAGUAUGGGUGAGUGGGUGUGUGGAAAGGGAAGUAGUGGGCGUGUGGA